CCGCCCCGACCCUCCCGCGGGCGCGCCGGGCUGAACCCAGGCUCAGGACUGCAGGUGGGCAUCUGCACCGCCUGGGGACCGUUCACUGUGCAGACGGGACAGCCUGCUUGGAAAGCCGACCCUACCGGAGCUCUGACUCGGCAUGGGCCUUGCCGCGGAGGCAGCUCAGCUCUGCGCACGGCUCUGAGGGUGCCGCCCGUCAUGGGGGCAGCCCUCUCCCAAGGGGCCCUCAUCGCCAUCGUCUGCAACGGCCUCGUAGGCCUCUUGCUGCUGCUGCUGUGGGUCAUUCUGUGCUGGGCCUGCCACUCUCGCUCUGCGGACGUCGAUUCUCUGUCCGAAUCCAGUCCCAACUCCAGCCCUGGCCCUUGUCCUGAGAAGGCGCCACCGCCCCAGAAGCCUAGCCAUGAAGGUAGCUAUCUGCUGCAGCCCUGAAGGCCCCUGGCCUACCGUGGAGUCCGGGACCUAAGUCUGCCUCACUCAGAGCCUGGAAUCAGGAUCUCAGAGUGGAGUCAGCCUAGGGUCCAGAACUCAGAGUCCAGCCUUGGUGGAUCUGGACCCAGCAGCCCAGACUCUAGCCAGCCUGGCUCCAAGAGAGGCUUGAGUGGUCCUAGAGAGAUAGGCCUGGGGUGGGAGUUUAGGAGUUGGUGCUAGGGCCAGGGCCAUCUGGACUCUGCUCCAUCCCAAGGGCCAAGGGCUGGGUUUAUCCUUCCCGAGGCUCAGCGCCUCUGGGUCUUUUAGGUCAGAGAAGCAAACUGGAACCCAUGGCAAUAAUGGGAGGGUGUCUAGGCUGGGCCCCUCCCCUGGUCUUCUCACUGUUUGCUGGAUAAUAAAUGGAACUGUGGCUCUACCCUGAGAUUUUCUUCACUUGCUGAAGACCCGCGGUAGCAAAAUUAAAGGUGUAGAAUGAGCUUCCAGA